GAGGGGACACAAACGCAGGUGCUUAUCUCUAGGCAGUCAAAGGCACUAGAUGUCAUAUCAUGGGAACUACCUUUCAAAGGCACAGCUUUAGUGCACAGUUCAGCACACAAGGGAGGAGAAACAUUUAAGUUUGGGCAACCCCGAGAAAAGAAUGAAUUCUGGGAUUAUCUGUUAAGUCAGACAAGACAGUUUGGUCCGACAGACGGAUUUGAUCAUUUCGAAUUUGCACAUAAUUUUGCUCUGAAGCAAGCAAAGAUGGAUACAGAUGGUGAAGAUAAAAAGCUGUGCACACGCUCAAGAGGAACCAAGGCACACGUGGAUUCGAUAGCACAGGAGCUCAGUGCCUACAAAAGUUCCAUGGCCAAGAAGAGAAAAGCUGAAGAACAGAUUUUGGGCGUUCCAGUCAACAAACGAAAGUCUCUGUUAAUGAAACCUCGACACUACAGUCCCAGUGUGGAAGGCAAAGGAGAGAAUGAAGACAAUGCAGAACUGCAGGAUGACAACAGCCUCAUCAAAGAAGAAGAAAACAUAACACCAGCCAAUAGUAGCCCUCAUUUGGAUGUGCAAGAAAAUGUUCAUCAAAAGAAGGACAAUUAUACUAGUUACCAGAAUCUCAUGUCCACAUCUUUAAUUAGCUUUGAAAAAUUAGAAAAAGAUACACAAAAUCACCCAGAGAAUGACAAACUAAUGGACAGUAGCAGCCAGUCCUUAAAAAUCAAGAAUAACAAUGUUGAUGAAUGCUACAUGAUUAACUCAUCAGCAGAAAACGAUAGAAUUGGUGUUUCUGAUUCACAGUACUGUUCCUCUGAGGAUAAUGAAAGCAGUUCUGAAAUUCUGGACAAUGAAUGGGAUAGUUCCUCCAACUUCUCUGAAGAGACAAGCUUAAAACUUCCAUUAAAUAAAGAAUAUCUUGUAGGAUGUAAUCAGCAAGAUAUCUUAAAAGCACCAGGAAUCAAAAGGGAGGAAACAGAUUUUGAGAAUUCUGAAAUGGUUUGUGAUUCAGAAACAGUGCUGCAAGAAUCACGAGAGUCCCAUGUUGAAACAUUCAACAGCAGGAUUCAGAAUCCAUUUCCGGACAGCGAGGAAGAUGAGUGCCUGUCAGAAAGCACAGAACUAUCCUUUGACAUGGACAAAACGAAGCAAAAUUUGAGUUUGUUAGAACAAGCAAUAGCCCUGCAGGCAGAGCAGGGUCACAUCUUUCAUAGUGCUUACAAGGAGCUAGAUAGGUUCCUCUUGGAGCAUCUUACUGGUGAAAGAAGACAAGCCAAAGUAAUUGACCUUGGUGGAAGACCAAUUUUCAGUAACAAACACUUGCCUAGGUCUGAAAAGAGGGAGACCAAAUGUCCCAUCCCAGGAUGUGAUGGCACAGGACAUGUAACUGGAUUGUAUCCACACCAUCGUAGUCUUUCUGGUUGUCCGCAUAAAGUUAGAGUGCCACUUGAGAUCCUUGCCAUGCAUGAAAAUGUUCUGAAGUGUCCCACUCCUGGAUGCACAGGAAGAGGACAUGUUAACAGCAACCGCAAUACUCACAGAAGUCUUUCUGGUUGUCCAAUUGCUGCAGCUGAAAAAAUGGCAAUGUCUCAGGAAAAAAAUCAGCUUGACUCUUCUAAAACAGGGCAGUGCCAUGAUCCAGUUCACAGGACAAACUUAAUGAAGCAGCUUGAGUUAUCUCAGUACAGCUGCAGGUCUGCCCAACCCAGUCCUUCCCUCAGAGCCACUCUUAUGAGAGAGAAAGAGAAGUGCGGGAAAGUACCAUUUGACUAUGCCAGCUUUGAUGCCCAAGUCUUUGGCAAACACACAAUGGUGCCAACUGUUCAAGGACAAAAACCCACACAAUUCCUCGAGUCAAAGCAUUUUUCAAAUCCAGGAAAAAAUUUUAAUCGGCUGCCUAGUGCAAGCGCCCACACACAGAGCCCUUGCCAUGCCAACUCUUAUGGCUACGGUCAAUGUAGUGAAGACACCCACAUAGCAGCAGCUGCUGCAAUCCUGAACCUUUCCACCCACUGCAGGGAAGCAGCAGAGAUCCUCUCCAACAAACCACAGAGUCUGUCUGCCAAGGGAGUUGAUAUAGAAGUGGAUGAAAAUGGCACCCUGGAUUUGAGCAUGAAAAAGAACCGAAACCAAGAAAAGGUUACUCAUCUAAGUUCUUCCACUGCAACAGUCCCCACUCCUUCCUCUUCUCCCUUCAAAACAGGCAACAUUCUGGUAAAUACCACCUUCUACCAGGCUUUGUGUGAGAAGGAAGGCUGGGAUAUGCCCAUCAACUAUAGCAAGACCCAAGGGAGAAAAGAGGAGGAGAAAGAGAAAGAUCCUACGAACUGCUCUGAAAGUCUGGAGGAAAAGAAACACUUAGGAGAAGUGCCUGUCCCUAGUCCUAAACUGAAGCUCCAUUCAAGAGAUCUCAAAAAAGAGCUAAUCACGUGUCCAACACCAGGAUGUGAUGGCAGUGGUCAUGUGACAGGAAAUUAUGCUUCACAUCGCAGCAUAUUCAAGGAAGCCUAUUUCCCAUUUCUCUUUCCUAGUGUUUCUGGCUGCCCAUUAGCUGACAAGACACUAAAAUCCUUGAUGGCUGCCAACUCCCAAGAGCUAAAGUGUCCUACACCUGGAUGUGAUGGCUCUGGUCAUGUAACUGGAAACUAUGCCUCACAUAGAAGCUUGUCUGGUUGUCCUCGGACAAGAAAAGGUGGUCUCAAAGUGACUCCUACUAAAGAAGAAAAAGAAGACCCUGAACUUAAAUGUCCGGUGCUAGGCUGUGAUGGCCAAGGUCACAUAUCAGGUAAAUACACCUCUCAUCGCACUGCUUCGGGUUGUCCUCUGGCUGCCAAGAGACAGAAGGAGAGUCCUCUCAAUGGGUCUUCACUGCCCUGGAAACUGAACAAGCAAGAGCUGCCACAUUGUCCUUUGCCAGGCUGCAACGGGCUGGGUCACGUUAAUAACGUUUUUGUCACCCACAGAAGCUUGUCAGGAUGCCCUCUAAAUGCACAAGCCUUAAAAAAGGGCAAAAUUUCUGAAGAACUAAUGACCAUCAAGCUGAAAGCAAGUGGAGGUUUAGAAAAUGAAGAGGAAAUCAGACAUUUGGAUGAAGAAAUAAAAGAACUGAAUGAAUCUAACCUUAAAAUUGAAGCAGACAUGAUGAAACUUCAAACACAGAUAACAUCUAUGGAAAGCAAUCUGAAAACAAUAGAAGAAGAGAACAAACUUAUAGAGCAGAACAACGAGAGCCUGCUAAAGGAGUUGGCUGGCCUAAGCCAAGCCCUCAUCUCCAGUCUUGCAGACAUUCAGCUUCCACAAAUGGGCCCAAUCAGCGAACAGAAUUUUGAAGCAUAUGUAAAUACUCUCACUGACAUGUACAGCAAUCUGGAGCGGGACUAUUCCCCAGACUGCAAGGCUCUGCUGGAAAGUAUCAAACAGGCAGUGAAGGGUAUCCACGUGUAGGAUGGGGAAGCUGCUGGGCAACGGGAGUUACUUAGCAGCAACAGAAUCCAGAUGAACCUGUUGAGAGUUCCCAGACUGCUUUGGAGUAUCAGUUGCUGUGCUGCAUUUACAACUACAACAUUGCACUAUUUUUUUCCAGCUGACAUAAAAAGGAGACCCCAUAACAGACUACUGUAUUAACAGCAAUGAUUCAGAUCUCAGAAUAUAUUUAUUUCAAUAUGAUUCAUUUUUUGUUCUUGUUGUUUUGCACUCUUUCUUUUUGUAAAGUGAAUGUAAAAAAGUGUGUGUACCUAUUUUUUUACAUUUUAAAAUUUAUUUUCAAUCAAAGAGUUGGGAUUUUUUUUUAAUCUUUUAACCGCAUUUCUUGCAGCCUGCCAUAUUUUUACAAAUGUGUUAGUUAAUUUAUUUUCCAAUGGGAUUUUAAAUAGACUGAAAGUUAUACUGUAAAUUGAAUAAUUUGCUGGGUUUGUACAGAAGGAAGAAGAAAAAUAUGAAAGAAACAAAUAACAGACCUGUGAUUCUAGUUUUAUUUUUACCAUAUCCUGCUUUUUAUAACAGCUUUUUUUUUUAAUGAAAUAAGAAAUGGGUUUGUUGCUUGCAGUAGCAUGAGAAGUGAAUAACCAGGGAUGCAAAGGAGAACAGUGGCCUCUGCUGGAGGAACUCAAGCUCUUCAAAGGCAGCUAGCUGGGAAAGUUCAAGAAUUUGUUAGCAAUAAUGAAAUAUAGCAAUCAGCAACGUAUUGGACUCAGUUGUGUGCUUUAGCCUACACAGAAUGAUCAUUUGAAACCAUUCCAGUGAAGACCAGAACUGAUUUAAGGAUCCAUUUUUCUUUGUCAUUAAAAAUACAGUUUUUAUCGUUACAAAUGUGAUAGGCUUUGAAAUGAUCCGAUUCCUUUUGGUACAGAGUAUUGUAUAAACAUUGGUCAGUUGGCCAAUAUCAAUAUAAUUUCAUAUUGGAAAAAUGCUUCCCAAGCUGAUAAUUUUGUACAUAUGACUAUGCCAAGAAGACCUUCCCUGAAAUGGCAUUUAUUAUUCUUGGUAGAAUGAGUGAAUCUGAGGAGCCUGCAGGUAGCUUUUCCAUUCUGACAUGGUAGAGGACAAGCCCUACUAAAGUGAACUGAAGCCACACAACAACAAUGUGUGAUGGCUGGACCUGUGUAUUUAUGGGUUUUUCCCACACUGCACACCAACUCUGUGGAUUCAAACACACAUACUUUAAAUCAAGCUCUAUUCGGGUUUGAAAGGGCUUAACAUCUAAGAGCUAGCACAGCUGU